GCGGGGCCAGCGUUUAAACCAAGACCGGCCGGAGUUUGGGGUCUGGCAAGUACUGGCUGUGACCUCUGGCCAGCUAUUCCUCACCACUCUGAGCCUCAGUUUCCACGUGUGCAGAAAUGAUGUAACGAUGCCACCCAGAAGUAGCUAGGUUUGGGGAGCCUGGGGCUUAUGCCACUGGGUAUGGCAGGAGGAGCAAUUAGGGAAAGGAAGAGUAUCCUUUAGGAGCAACAAAAUCACAAAUUCAGAAUUGCACACGAGACCUUCCAUGAAGCCUCAUGGCAGGGAGCGGCCGAGAACUCUGUCCUAGACCUACCAUUUAGCAGCGAGACGAUUUCAGCAAAAGUGCACAGGAAGCCUUCAGGGAAUGUCAGUGCUGGGAAUGAGAUUGUGAGGAAGGGUGCUGUGGCUGGAGUAAAAUGCUAUGAUUCCGUGGGGAGAGGAAAUUUUGGUUCAUUCAUCUGCACUGAGCAGAGAUAAUGACAGAGAAAGGGAUCAGAGAAACGCUAAAGGCCUUGUCUAGCCACAGAGGUCUGUCCUCAAAGUCGUAUGUAACUUUCAGCAGGUCACACCCUCUCCUGCAGCCACAUCUUGCCCAAUAAAAGGCCACUGGGAGUUGCUCGAUCUCUGCCGCCUCCUCCUCCUGAGCAGCCCCGUCUUCUAGCCAUGGCGCCGUACACAGCUGAAGUGCAGUUAGGAGGGCAGGGCCUUUUCCUUUUCCUUCCAACCUCAGGAAGGGGAGCUCCCAGGUGGAAGCUUUAGAGCAGACCGCGGAAGCCCACGGGGGCGGCCCAGGACUGUGAGAUGCACAGAGAAAGAGGGAUCUGCAGCUGUUUUCUUGGGAGCAGAGACAGGAUAUCAGUUCAAAACCCUGACAGGUUGGGCUCUGGUCCCAACUCUGUUACUUUCUAGUAUGAUCCCGGCCAGAUGCCUUUACUACAAAGCCUCAGUUACUUAUAGGAUUAAUGAGAAAAUACAGAUGAAACAGGUGGAGGAGAGGUGGAGGAGUGUCCAUCCCUUAGCUAUUGAAACCACCAGGUUGUGAGUGCCGUUGCCAUCCCUGUCAUUGGGUGAUAGCAGGAACGCUCUGGACCCCUUCCCAAAUCCUCCGCCCUGGCCUCCUCCUCCCUGGCCUCCUCCUCCCAGGAGUCCCUCCUCCACUGGCUUCUCCGGGCUGGAGGAGGAGGCGGGGCCCCAUUCCAGCCUGGCCAGAGCAGGCUGGGCAUAAGCCACAGAGCUGGGCUUGCACCUGCACUGGUCACUCUUCCCACUGCCCCCUCCCAGCCUGAGCUCUCUCUUCCGAAGCAGUCAUGCCUGUGACAAAGAAUGCCGAGGGCCCCCAGGAAGCUGCCACCCUCAAACUGGACCUUAUGCCGUCUCCCAAAAGUACCAAGAAGCUGCAGAACAAGGAUUCCGGUUUCUUAGACGGAAGCUCCUCAGAGUCCUCGGGUCUGGAGAAGACCAAGGGAAUAACAGCGUUCCAGACCCUGGUUCACCUGGUGAAGGGCAACAUGGGCACAGGGGUCCUGGGCCUCCCCUUGGCAGUGAAGAACGCAGGCAUCCUGGUAAUAGAAGCUGUCAAUGGCACAACCCACAACUGCCACAAUAACAAGACAAUGACCCUGACGCCCACGAUGGACUCACGGCUCUACAUGCUUGCCUUCCUGCCCUUCCUGUCGCUGCUGGUCCUCAUCCGGAACCUCCGGGUCCUGACCAUCUUCUCCCUGCUGGCCAACGUUAGCAUGCUGGUCAGCCUGGUCAUCAUCGCCCAGCAUAUCACCCAGGGCAUUCCAGACCCCAGCCGGUUGCCGCUGGCCACCAGCUGGAAGACCUACCCGCUCUUCUUUGGAACGGCCAUCUUCUCAUUCGAAAGCAUCGGUGUGGUUCUGCCUCUGGAAAACAAGAUGAAGGAUGCCCGCCACUUCCCUGCCAUCCUGUCUUUGGGAAUGUCCAUCAUCACCGCCCUGUACAUCGCCAUCGGGGCUCUGGGUUACCUGCGCUUCGGAGACAACAUCAGAGCCAGCAUAACCCUUAACCUGCCCAACUGUUGGCUGUACCAGUCGGUGAAGCUCCUCUACAUCGUCGGCAUCCUGUGCACCUAUGCCCUGCAGUUCUAUGUCCCGGCAGAGAUCAUCGUGCCCUUCACGGUCUCCCGGGUGUCGGAGCGCUGGGCCCUGCCUGUGGACCUGUCCGUCCGCCUCGCCAUGGUCUGCCUGACUUGCAUGCUGGCCAUCCUCAUCCCCCGCCUGGACCUGGUCCUCUCCCUGGUGGGCUCCGUGAGCAGCAGUGCCCUGGCUCUCAUCAUCCCCCCACUCCUAGAGAUCGCCACCUACUCCUCCGAGGGGCUGUGCCCGCUCACCAUCGCCAAGGACGCCCUCAUCAGCAUCCUGGGCUUCGUGGGCUUCGUGACGGGGACCUACCAGGCCCUGGACGAGCUGAUUGAGUCAGAGGAGUCUCUCCCUUCUUCCAACUCCACCAUCUUUAAUCAGUGAGAAUGGGACCCCUCCUUACCCACCAACACCCGAUGAAUAAUGGCAUGGAUCUCUUUUAUAUGCACUAUCUCUAUGUUGCUAUUUUGCAUUUUCUCUGGGCUAAGGCACAGUAAAAUAAGCAAGGACUCGCCAGCUACAAGGUCUAAAUGAUAAUUUAAAAAAUU